AUGAAUGAAACGAAUAUAGCAUCACUUGUUUUGGGUUUAAUCGCCGGUGUUUAUAGUACAGUUUUUCUACUCUAUAUGUCCGAUAUUAUGUAUUUAAAUAAAGAAAUGUUAAAAAUUAAACAUGAACUAGUCGAUUUAAAGAAUCAAACUGUUCUUAUUAAUAAUUUACCUUCAUCCAACCCAACCGAGAGUCUUUUAUCGCAUAGAAAAGGUAUUUCCGGAAAAGUAUGUUUAUCCUACAAUGAACAACGUCAAAUACUUGAAUAUUUUAAUUUUAUUUGUAACCUGGCUAUUCUUUCAUUCGGAAGUUAUUCAAUAUACGUUCAUGGUAUAGGAACAUCUCAUGGCCUUGCUUAUCGUUUAGUUUUUUUCUUGCUGAAAUUAUGUACCAUAGUUGUGUCCAUUUGGCUCAAUCUUCAUUUUAAUAAGGGAUUACCUAGUGAUAUUUUUCUUUAUAUUUGGAUCGAUGUUAAUUGUGUUGCAUCAGUUUAUCGUAGUUUACGACAAAUAAUAGAAAACACGUCAUUUCAGAUGAUGCAAGCUCUGCGACAAUCACUGACUGCUGAAGCCCAACGACGUCUAACAUUUUUACGUUCUUCAUUGUUCGCACAAAAUGUUCGUUAUGACGCAAGUGAUUCACGUUCAUCGAGUAGACAAAAGAAGGAUGAAAAGCAGCCAAAUCCAACCAAAACGAGUAAUUUAAAUAAAACAAAAACUAGUGAGAAGAAACAAAAACCUAAUAUUGUUGACGAUACCAAACAACCCGGUACAACACGAAAAGAUUGGGGUAAACCGGAUCAAAUAGUCAGUAAUAAUCCACCUUAUGGUAAAGCAGGUGGUUCAAUCGACACACACGAUCCUGAUCGAGGAAAAAAGGCUUAG